AUGGAGGAGUUCAAAGAAUGCCACCUCAGCUUUGACUACAUAGUUAGUGCCGACAUGACUGGGGCAAUUAUGGUGUGGAAGAGGAAGACUGGCGAGGAGACCCCCACAGGAGAAUCUCCCCCCCCGGAUGAAAACCCACACAGCGAUGUAGAAACGUUUCCACUUCACCUGAGUGAUAACUACCAACUUUACAAAAAAAUAGAAAUACACGAAAGGUUCGUCUACGCAAUGACGCACAGUAAAUACGUAGGCAUAAGCGAGUUAACGAAAUGUACAGGAGAAAACUUGGAGGACCACUUACAUGUGUACAGCGGAGGGAGCGACAAGGGGGUGUACCUCUUCAACCUGAAUGGCUACAUAGAAUUAAUGCUACAAGGGCAUAAAAACAGCGUCUCAAGUAUUGUAGAAUAUAGUGAGCAUAUUUUGCUGAGUGCGGACUGGAACGGGGAUGUCAUCAUGUGGAGGAUCUUCAAACUUGGUGAGGAAUCAUUGGAGGGUAGACAUUUGGAGAGUCCCCCCCCCAGCAGCGCCCACGCCGAUAAAGAAAAUAACCCCCUCUGUGGAAACAAAUACACCUACAGCAUAGUCAAAAUUUUAAACAACCACAAAUACGCCACGUACGUUAACUGCCUGAACGAAUUUAUCCUCACCAUUUCGCAAAACAAUAUAGUGACCGUGUGGAAUAGCGAGGGAGAAAAAACGGACGAAAUUAAAAACAUACACAAUGACAGUGUGCGCGAUAUUGUACUCUUUAAUGGGAAGAAAAAUGCCAUCACCUUUUCGAAUGAUGAAACGAUCAUUAUUUAUGACUCCAAUUUUAAUAUGCUAAAAAUGUAUAGAGGCCACCAAGGCUUUAUCUUCCACGUGUGCGUAAAUGAGGAGGAGCAACUCAUGUACAGCUGCGGGGACGACAAGAGCAUCAAAGUGUGGUGCAUCAAGGACAUCUACCAGUUAAUGGAGAAGUAUGAGACAGGGGGGGGCGCCAUCUUACAUAAACUACCGCUAGCGAGUCAGGAGAAGGGGGACCCUGCCUGCCUACAAACUAUUUACCUGACGGACACCCUGUGGAGUGUCAAGGUGCUAAGCAAUGGGGACCUCGCCUGCGCCUGUAACGAUAGCUACAUUAGGGUGUACACGAAAAAGAGGAACCACAAACUGAAGGAAGAAGCAACGAAGGAGGUACUCGAAAUGUGCAGCAAACGCAACAAGAAGGAAAGCCCCAAUGGAGAAAACGCAAAUUCUACCGGAGGGGGAAAUCAACCAGAAAAUAUAAUCAGCGUGGAAAAUAUAAAAAGCGUCGUAGGAAAAGAAGGAGAAGUUAAAAUUUUCAAAAAUAAAGAAAAAUAUGAAGCCUACAAAUAUGAGAACAACCAGUGGGUACUCAUAGGCGAAGUAGUAGAUGACAGCACCUCACAGAAAAAGUUUUACAUAGGAGAUAAUCUGUUCCAACAGGGCUACUACGAUGAAGUGGUUUCCAUCGACACGGGUUAUGGGAACAUAAAACUACUCCCCUACAAUGCAAGUGAUAAUGUGCACAUCAUUGCGGAAAUGUUUUGCAAAAGGGAAGGCCUCUCAGCUAGCCAAAUAAAACCCAUCGUCGAUUUUAUCAACCAGAAUUACGCAUCCAAAGGGGGGUCAUCCACCUCUGCUGGCGGCACAAACAGCUGCUUCGCUACGCAUAAUGGUGGUACCCCUUAUGGUGGGAAAAAAUUUAACACCGUUUUGAACGUUUUCACGGUGGAAAAAGCCGCCCUAGAUAAAAUUUUCCAAAAAAUACAAGAAUUUAAUUCUCUCCAAGGGGGGGAAGAAAAAAACACAUGUAAAUUAUCCAACGAACAGGUGAAUGCCCUAUCAAACAUUAUAAACCUCUACAAAAAGAAUUUAAAAAAUGUAUACAGCUUCAACACGGCAGAUAUUAACCUAAUUAUGACACUUUUCAAUUGGUCCCCCACUCAUAUCUUCCCCGUGAUUGACCUCUUUAGAGUUCUCGUGCUAAACAAAAAUUGUGAUUUUUUAUACAAUAAUAAGUACUCCUUCAAUGGCUUUAAGCUGGUUUACGACUGCGUUGCUUAUUAUAUAGCCAACUCGUCCAAGCUUCCAGAAAAUGAGGAGAACAAAUUGGACUCUUUGCUUCUCUGUUGCCUUCGCUUUUAUUUGAAUAUGUUUAGCCUGUCCACCCCCAGAUUUUACAUGUACAAGAAGCUUAACUUCGUCGCGAAGCAGCUCGCAGAGGUGAAAUCCGCCAAUUUUAACAUUAACACUUUGUGUAUGAAAAUAUUUUUCAAUUACGUAAUAACGCUAAACGAAAAUAAUGAUCAGGCGAUGAGGAAAUCCGUGUUCGACGUUUUGCACUCCAUUAAGCAUAAGAUAAACGACAUCGAGCUGCUCUACAUUUUUGCCCUCUGUUUCCACACAUCCCACGAAAUGAACACCAAGGAGACGAACGAAAUUGUGAAAAAGUUUGGCUCCCUUGAUUUUAUGAAGAACAAACUGGGUUCUCUCCUCCCGCAUAAGAGUGAGCAGAAUGAGAAGGUGUUCAAAAACGUGGGCUCCAUUUUGGAGGACCUCUCCGCGUAG